CAAGAAUUUAAUAUUCAGGAUACUAACAGUUACAUAGUGAAAAUAAGCGCAAAGUUUAUUCCAAGUCAUUGCCUAUGUGUUAUUGACAGGUACGUCAAGUAAAUAUUUAGUUAUAUAAUUGCUAAAACAUUUACUGAACCUUAGACACACUGUAUUAUAGGUCCCAAAACAAAUUUGUUUGUAUCGAUAUUUUUAAAAUAAAAAGCAAGUAGUAACCGACAUAAAAUGUAAAGAUUUAGUUGUAUUAAAAAGUGUUUUCGCAUAGAUGAAUCUAAGAAAUAUUUAUAUAAAAAAAGAUAUAUUUGACAUUUUAAGGCUAUGUAAAAUCAAAUAUAAAUCAAAUUAGGUAUGUCACCUAAUAUGUAGCACCGUCUAAUUUUAAUUAGAUAAUCAUAUUGCUCACUAGUUAGAAUAAUAAAAUAAAAUUAUGGAUAAUAGUUCAGUAGAUGAUACAAGUAAAUCAAGUAGAGACAAUAGCAUUAAAGACUUAGGUACAUCUCAAACUAGCCUAAAAAGUACAAAAAGCGUAGACAAAACUAGCACAGGCAGUGGAAGUGCAAAGAACUCCAUACAAUUUAAGACACAAAAUUCCCAUGAUAAUGACAAUCAGAAAGUACAUCCAGAUGCUUCUCUAAAAGUGCCUCAUAAAAUCAUAGCCAACUGGCGACAGGCAUGUGACCGAACAAAAGAUAAGACUAAGGAUUUGUUGAAACGUUGGAGGACCCUCCCUGAAAUUGAAGCUGAAAACGCCAUGAAAAAAUCUGGUAUCGAUAUGGAAAAAGAGGAAAGCCAAACUGAAAGUUGUGGAUGGAGUGUACAUGUUUGGACUACUUGGGUGGAUAGGUUUAGUAUUGACUCUGAAUUAGCUGAUGACAAAGAAGGUUAUCAGUUAACACCAGUCCAAAAUUGCAAAUUUUCUCAUUUCUUCACUUGUUUGUUGGACCACGACCAAGAUAAUUUAAUUAGCGAACAGGAUUUUGAAACUUUGAUCGAGAGGCUUAGGCAUUUUGCAGAUUGGUCUGUAAAUUCACCUGAAUUUAAUAUUUUACGUGAGGUAGAACGUGGUUUUAUUGAAACGUUUUUACAUGAUAUUAAUGAUGAGAAAUUGGGUUUUCAAGUGAAUGAUCUAACUUACAUAACUAAAGAAGGAUGGCUGCACAAAUGGUCAGAAUUAGUUUGUGGAUCAAGAAACCUAUCAGACUUUCCCAUUUGGCUACAAUUCUUUGUAAAAGUAUUGUUUCAAGUGAUAAAUAGAAGCGGGAAUGGAAUAAUAACGAGAGAUGAGCUUAGUUCAUUUUAUUCUUCAGUUCUAGGCUUAGAUACGGUAAAAGUGGGAGAAAUUCUAGAUCAUGCGUAUCAAGCUAUGACAUCGAAUGGUGACCAUCCCCUAUUGUUUAAAGCGUAUCGCCUGUGUUUUGCAAAUUAUUUAUUAGGUAGAUAUCCUAAUGGCCCAGGUCAAUAUAUUUUGGGUGCCCCUCCAAGUACAAUGUCAUCUGUUAUGUUCCCUGUAGAUUAUUCAGCAUUGAAUGCACAACCUGAAGAUCUAGAGCAAUACAUCCCUGACCAAAAAUCUAAUAGACGUAGUGUUAUUGUAUGACUUAUUUAAACUUUUCUUUUUUAAAAAUACACGCCACGUGCACAAGUAUAUAAACAGCAAUAUUUUUACACAAGUGCACCUUUCUAAAAUGAAAUUCUAAAAUCUAUGUGAUAUCUUUAUACAUUGUUGUAUACUUGUUAUUUGUUAAGUCAAAUUCACUUUUUUUGAUUAGUUAUUUAAUUUUAAAAUCAAUUGCAUAUGUUACAUGCAACAAUGUUAUUUAUUAGACGUAUUUUUUAAAUUCAUAUUUAGUGUAAAAGUUUUAAACAACCUCAAAAUGACAAUAACUUGCUGAUUUAUGGUACUAUAAAUUAUUUGCAAGAGUACAAGUUCGAUCAUAAAGAAAUAAUGUUUUAUGACAUUAUAAUAAUUAACACUCACUGAUUGAGCUUGUGCUGCAUUGUUCUUUAUGUUUUAGAAUAUUCUGCCUAUCUCAUCUAUUUGCUUCUCUUUUCGUAAACGAUUAAUAAAAAAAAUAAUUAGAUAUAGUCAUGAAAAUUGGGGUUGUCAGCUCCAUAAACAUCGAUAUUUCUUGAUUAUCACAAGAAAUAACUAUAUGAAGUUACCUAAUAAAAUGUAUUUAAAUGGAUUUAAGACUGAACAAGUUUUCUACCAGUUUAUUAAUUAAAAAUAUUUCAUCAUGUUAAAAUAAAGUGUUAAAAUACGUUGUUCUGUGAUCACAAUAAACAAAUAAUUAAAUUAAUCCUAAACUAUGUAUGAUUUUGUAUGUCCUUAAGUUUUAACUGGUAGAUAUCUUGCCUGUGUCAGAAUGAACAGCCAUUUGCGAAAAUACAUACUGCCAAACCAAAAAUUAUAUUGCCUUAGUGGGUUUUAAAGCAUCAGAAGACUCCAAUAGAUAUUAAGCAAUGUGGUUUGAUAGCUUUAAAUACCUCAACCUUUGUCAAUAUAGGCACAUAUGGCUAGGCUAGGUGAUCCAAAAUCUAAUAACAUAUCAUAAUUUCGAAAUACAUAUAUUUAUUGUUCAUAAAUUAUAUAACAUUGUUACAGCUUCAUAUGUCAGAUUGUGAUUGGCUUAAAUACAUCUUAAUUACAGCCUGAUAAAUGAUUAGCAUAUUUUUUUGUGAAAUGAAUUAUGGUUUCAAUAACAAGUUUACAAAAACAAUUUAUUUCUUGCAUUGAAUACUGUUAAAUUUCUGACAUUUUUAUAUAUUCAUAGAUUAGGUAAUGCCAUAAAAGCCGUUCACAUUAGGUUUUAUUAAAUUGAUUUAACUCCAACUAUGAUUCAUUUCACAUGUAUAUAAAAUCAUGUUUUUUUAGAUACGUAGAUUGUAAAAAUUGAAUUAAUAUUUAUAUUAUUAUAUACAUUUUUAUAUAUUAAAAUAGAUGAUGCAUGAUGUUUAUAAUAAUAUAGACUUGUUAUAUCUAAAAAUUAUUAUAGAGCUAGGGACAGUUAACUAAAGUUAUAAUUAGUAAAUAUAUACACAAAAUAUGUAUACAAAUUUAUAUAAGUCCUUGCAUACAUAUCUUUAAAAUUGUUAAUCUUUUUAAAGCUUUAUACUGCAAAAUGCCAGCUUGUAAGUAUACAUAUAUAUAUAGGACCAGUGGGCACAAGAAUUCUAUAAAUACAAGUAAAUUAGCACAAAGCAAUAAAAUGAUUAGAUAUG